AUGAAGCAUGGUGAGGGUAUUGCGCGAUUGAGUUUCCCUGCGUCGACCAAGACAUUCGUUGUACACACAGACCUUCUUUGCGCACAAUCAAAAUUCUUCCGUCGAAAGUUCCAACCAAGAAGACAAGAUAUCGAGGGCGAAUGCUCGAUUUGCCAUGAUGGCCUCAACCUCGAUCUUCAAGAGAUUACGUUUUGUAAUACAUGCGGAGGAAACUUUCAUCUCAGUUGCAUCAAUCGAUGGAGACGUCGGUCAGCUGAAGGAGAACCUGCACCAUGUCCGUUGUGCCGACAAGAAUGGAUUGCGCACAAACUCGAUCAACGGACGUCUUUGCCCGGACUUUGCCCGAUUGAUUUUGAGAUAUAUUACGAUUGGCUUUACACUCGCCGCAUCAAACCUACAGUCGAUCAAGAAGAAGGAGGAGAAGAAGAUAGCGAUAAUGAAGACAAUGGUUUACAUGGAAGGGAACGUGCUAUCUUUGAUCUCGCCAAAGCUUAUAAGAUUGGAACUCAAGUUGAGGAUGAACACUUUUGCACGGAUUUGGUGGGUGCGAUUGUCAAAUUGGCGAUCGGCGGACCGGCCGUGGAAGGAGAAUUUCUCACAAUCUUAUAUGAUGGAUACCCAACCCCUCGCUUCAAACAACUAAUGGUAGAGUUGUACAUUAGCAUCAUAACGAAAAAGGGAAAUUGUAAUGAAUUUGUCUCAUGGGAUGACAGACGUUUGGCAAAAUUCUUCCAGGAUGUUGCAAUGGCUUCUCUCGGAAUCUAUCAGGAUGGGGAAAGCAAACGGAUCGCACAUGAGAUUAAGGAGACGAUACGUCUAGCAACAGGAGAUGGUAUGGAUGUCGAAGGAACAUGA